ACAUUUUACCUUUGCGCGCAUUCCAAUGAAAGGACAGAAAAUGGCAGAGGUCGCUUGUUGUUUUUGAGGUGUUGUCUGUUUGACAGAAUUUUAACUGCGUAAUCUGACGAAUUUCCAUUUAUUUCGCUCUGUGUACCAACGACAGGUCCUCCCGUUGACCAGCAGAAUCGAAGUUCUCCAAGAGUGCAGAAGGGAAUGAGCUUGAGACGUCGUUCCUUGCGACUACGUAGUGGUUUGCGAGAAGAGAGAAGAAGGAUGCCCCGUAUGCGGCGGACACGUGGCGUAGGGAGAGGUGUGGGCUCUCAACAGGAGCCUAUUGAUGUGGAAGAUGCUCCAGCCAUAGUGGACCUGACCAGUGACCACCAUGAUGCUGACGAUGAUGUUGUGGUGUGUCAGGCUGAUGAUGAGGUGGUGGACCUAACGAGUCCUCACCACGCCCAGCCCAACAACUCCAUGCUGCCAGUCUACCUGAACGGCCGUCGACACCCACAGCAGCGCAACUUAGACGCUGAAGUGUUAGUUAGCGAUGACGAGGUUACGAUAGAGUCUGAGCGACUCCCCGCUCCCAGGCUCCUGGACUUGUUUCGAGACGAGGAUCCCGGGCCGUCCACGAGUGCUAGUUCCCCACCAAAGACAAUCUCCUGUCCCGUGUGCCUAGACGAUGCGAAACAGAUCUCCGUUACAGGCCGAAGGCUGAUGUCAACGGUGUGUGGACACGUUUUCUGCGAAACCUGCUUGAAGGAAGCCUUGCAGACACAGAAGAAAUGUCCCAACUGUAGGAAGAAGUUAACUGUAAAACAAAUCCACCCUAUCUUCAUAUAAAAAACCUACAUAUGUAUAGCUUCCCUACUACUCCAAUGUAAAUAAAAACCAAGUUUUUGUUUCAACGCAA